AUGUGGGACAAUAUGGGCUACACACCAUCGCUGGAAGAGUACUUGAGCAAUGCGUGGACAUCAUCUUCAGGACCAUUGAUCAUGUCUCACGCUAGUUUCUUCGUGGGACAUAUGAAUUUGGAGGAUGUAGCAGAUUUACUGGAGAGAAACAAGGAUCUGAUUUACAAUGUGUCCAUGAUAAUUCGCCUCUGCAAUGACCUUGGAACGUCAACAGCCGAAAGAGACAGAGGAGAUGCUCCAUCGUCAGUGGUGUGUUACAUGCGAGAAGCGAAUGUUCCGGAAGACGUCGCUAGGAAGCACAUCAAGGAACUGAUAAACCAGGCAUGGAAGAGCAUCAAUGCUCAUUGCUUUGGCAAUGUCGAGACGCCCUUUGUCCGAACCUUCAUUGAUGUCACCGUGAACUCGUCUCGUGUUGCACAUAUGCUUUACCAGUUCGGAGAUGGGUUUGGCGUCCAGGAUGGUGAUAUUAGGCGGCAAAUCUUAUCUGCAGUGAUUCACCCUGUCGCUCUUAACUGA